AGAAGGCCGCCCAGUUUUGAGUUUCAGCAGAGAGGAGAAGACGGAGAGAAAACACGGCGAACACCGGGAAGUUACGUUCUGCUGCUUCGCUUUGAGUAAAUCUUCAUUCUUUUGAAGUUUGAGGCAGGAGAACUUCUAGGAGAAUCUGAUCUCAGCUGGCUGGUGACAGAAAAAGUAGAUCUUGGUCUCAAAAAGUUUGGGCAGCACCUUUUCUAUGUGUUCAGGAGAUGGGCAGCUAACAUCUCUGCAGACCCCACACAUCCUGGACCUGGACACAAGCAGUUCCCUCCAGACCCUGUGACACAAGAAGCAAGAACAGCUGUAAGCUAUGACGUCCGUGUUCCUCCUGCUGUCCCUCCUGCUGGCUGUGGUUGAUGUUCAAGGAGGAUCAGAGUUCAGAAUCUGUGCCUUCAACCUUCAUCAUUUUGGGGAAUCCAAAUCUAACAAGAAUGACAUCAUGAUAACUCUGGCCAGGAUAAUUACUCGUUGUGACGUGUGUUUGCUUCAGGAGGUCAGAGACCGUAAAGGAACAGCUAUAUCAAAGCUGCUCCAAACGAUCAGUAGAUAUGACACGAGAAACCAGUAUAACCUUUUGGCCAGUGAGAGGCUGGGCAGGAGUGAGUCAUACCAGGAGCAGUAUGUGUUCGUCUACAGGACCAACACUGUGGAGGUUGCUGGUCAGUAUCAGUACCCAGACAAUCUGCCAGGAGAUGAAGAUGCUUUCUCCAGAGAACCUUUUGUUGUUCGCUUCAAAGCCCCAAAGACCUCUAUACAGGAGUUUGUUCUCAUCCCUCAACACACCACUCCGGUUAACGCCACUAAAGAGCUGGAUGCCCUGUAUGACGUUCUGCAGGAAGUAAGAAAGAUGUGGAAAACUGAGAACGUGAUGCUUCUCGGGGACUUCAACGCCGACUGCGGCUACCUGGCCAAGAAGAACCGGGACAAAGUGCGUCUGAUUACAGACAGGAACCUCCAUUGGCUGAUAGGAGAGAACACCGACACCACCGUGAAGCACAGCACGUCCUGCUCCUACGACAGGAUUGUCGUCCAUGGAGAAAAGUUUAACAGAGCAGUUGUUCCUUCCUCUGCCCAGCCAUUUAACUUCCAACAGGAGUACGAACUAACAGAAGAAAAGGCACUAAAUGUGAGCGACCAUUACCCAGUGGAGGUCCUGCUGAAGGUCGUCAGUUUCAAAGCCUUCAAUGGAGUCACUUCCUUUAGAAACAGCUUCAUUGUGUUUCAUUGUUUCUGCCUUAUAAUCUGUCAUGUGUUGUCUUAGCAAAUCGACAGCAAAUGUAUCAAGAUGUUUUAUACCUCACCUCUCUAUUUUAUUAAACAUGCUAAACAUAAAA